AUGCCGAGUAUCAACACUUUGCUGUUGGCGGCCUUCGCCACUGUGCAGGCCGUCCAGGGAGCUACGUACCCUGUAUCAGGAUCUUCCACGUAUCCGAAAAUCUCGGAAGACGGUCGUUGUGCUAUCAACGGUGCUACUUGCCUGGGCUCCAAGUUCGGAGACUGCUGCGAAGCUAACACGAAGCUAGCCAACGUGGUUACUGCGGUGGAAAUCGCAACUACUGCGGCAGAGGAUGCAACCCAGUGUAUGGAAAAUGCUCUGAGCCUUCUCCUGAGCCUUCUCCAGAGCCAACUCCCGAGCCUUCACCGGAGCCUUCUCCCGAACCCUCCCCUGAACCGNCCCGAACCCUCCCCUGAACCGACUCCCGAACCCUCUCCCGAGCCUUCUCCAGAGCCAACUCCUGAACCCUCUCCAGAGCCUUCUCCUGAGCCUUCUCCAGAGCCAACUCCCGAGCCUUCACCGGAGCCUUCUCCCGAACCCUCCCCUGAACCGACUCCCGAACCCUCUCCAGAGCCUUCCCCAGAACCGGCUCCCGAACCCUCUCCAGAACCCUCUCCAGAACCUUCCCCAGAGCCAACUCCAGAGCCUUCGCCAGAACCCUCUCCUGAGCCUUCUCCUGAACCCUCACCUGAGCCUACUCCUGAGCCAACUCCUGAGCCGUCGCCUGAACCAACACCUGAACCCACUCCCGAGCCGACUCCUCAGCCUCCUUCUGGUGAAUGUGGAGCUCAGAAGUACCCAACAUCGCCCAGGGGUCUACAGACUACGACUCCCGGAUCUAGCCUCGCUGCUUGUUCUCAAUCCUGUCUCCAAAAUCCCAGUUGCCAGUUCUUCUUCUUGUACGGGGGGAACACCUGCUAUAUCUUCACCAUUCCGCUGUCUGAUGUUACUCAAUUUACCGUCAACCCUCGCGCUGCGCUAUAUGAAAGGUCUUGUGUAGAGCCGGUGGUCACACCUACUCCUACCCCUACUCCAGAACCUACUCCUGAGCCAACACCCGAGCCGACUCCUGAGCCAACACCCGAGCCGACUCCUGAGCCUACUCCUGAACCCACUCCUGAGCCUACUCCUGAACCCACUCCUACACCCGCUCCUCAGCCUCUCGUGUGCGGUCAAAAGGGCUACGCAGUCGGUCAAGACGGAUCCUCAGCCUACAGUGUCCAAACCGCAAACAGUGACGCUUCCUGCCUUGCGAUCUGUCGGUCCCAAUCCCAAUGCAAGUUUGUCAUCCUUGCCAGCGGCAGAGACUGCUUCCUCUACAGCGUCGACUACAAUAGGAACUCGCCAGUGGUCCCGUUGGACUACAUUUCGCUCUCUGAGAGGGAUUGCAACAUCUAG